AUGUCCUCGAUGAAGGACUUAAACGUGACCUUUGAAACUAUCAACGAAGACGGUAGUUAUUCUGAAGGAGAUACUAUAGUGGGCACAGUUAGUUUCAGGCUGACAAAAGAGGUUAAAGUUAAGAGCCUUUCUGUAAAAGCCAAAGGAGACGUCAAGGCAGAAUGGACAGAAGGAACAGGAUAUUUCCAGAUUACCCACACUGCAAAAAGGAGAUAUUUUAAAGUGAAGGAGUACUUAAUUGCAAAAAAUGGUAAAGGCACUGUACUUCCCAAAGGAGUCCACACGUUUAGGUUCGGGCUCAAAAUCCCAGAGGGGAGCAUGCCUUCAUCCUUCAAGGGGGUGUAUGGAAAAAUUGUGUACAUGUUUGAAGCAAAGAUGUCCAGGAGCUGGUGGUGGCCUUCUAAAGUUAAAAAGAAGAUCAACUUCAUAUCCAAGACGUUUCAACAGUUUUGGGAAGUGAUGCAUCCACAAUCUGGUACAGUGAGUAAAAACAUAGGUGGGCUCUCCCAGGGAUGGGUCCAAAUGUCUGCUACCACUGACAGGAAUGUUUGCACUCCAGGUGAAACUAUAUCUGUUGUUGCCGAAAUCUGCAACUCCUCUUCCAAGAACACGAGGCCCAAAUUCAAACUUGAACAAAAAACAGUAUUUCGCUGCAAUGAGUCUACUAAGAAGUGGGUGAUGAAUCUGUUCAAAGAGGUCGGGGAAACUAUCAGUCCAAACUCAGAGCGAACUGUCUCCUGCCAGUUGAAGAUUCCUGAUGAUACCAUCUCCACUAUCCAUAACUGUGAAAUCAUCUCAGUUGAAUAUUACAUAAAGGUGUAUCUGGACAUUAGCUUUGCCUUUGACCCAGAGGUGGUGUUUCCACUGGUCAUCGUUCCUUCCAGAUAUGCAGCCAUUCAGCCUGGUGAGGCUGUGGGGCCUAACCCACCUGGGACAACUGUGGUCACACGUUAUAGCAACUUCGCUUCCCCUGCCUUCCACACUGGAUUUGGCUCUGAGCCCACAGUGUCAGGUCACUACCCCACCCCAGAUGCCACUCAGCAUGAUAAUAUAACAAGUGGCAGUUCUAACCAGUGGUCACACGGUGCUACUGCACAGGGGAUUUCAGCUCCAGUUUUUAAAGCACCUUCAAUGCAACAUCCAGGUCCUACUCUGACUACUUUUCUACAGGGGGAACAACCUCCAUUAUAA